UGAAAAAAGAAGGAAAAAAAGAAAAAGGUGUGGCAAGGUCAACAAAUCGGAAACCACCGGAAAAGGUUGCAUUAUUAAGGUUCCUCAAGUGUCUAUGGGUGAUCGGACCGCGCCCAUUUGCGACGAGUCAACGGUAGCUACAGUACGAUUACCGCGACGUCAAUUUAGAAGUCAAUGCAAAAAGGCACGACGGCGUCAACGGCGUCAAAAGGAAGCCGAGGCCCGGGAUCGGCAGGCCCCGCUCCCCACAGAAGAAGAAAAACGGCACCAACAAGAACAAGCUUUAGCCGACCAAUUGGAAUACGAGCGACAGAAAGCGCUUUGGGAAGAACGUGAAAGACAACACAAUCUCAUCAAUACAGCGAGGCGGAAAGCUUUGGAAACCGAACAAAAAGCCAAGGAAUUGGCCAAGCAAAAGUGGCAAGCCGCAUUAUUAAGUAUGCCGAUGAUACCAAGUUCAUCUUUUCCCAUUGAACGGAAAGUCGAGAGGAAGAAAACGAGCAAUAUGAAAAAGUUCAUUGGGUCUGAACCUCUUGGUGGCACAAACCUGCCUAUUCCCCGAAAACGCUACAAAGAUCGACUGAAAGAUACCAGAAGCAGUAGUAACCGAUUAGACCACGAUCCAAACAACGAUGGUGAUACGCUAACCCAUUGAACAAACACACCAACUCAUUGGCCAUGAUCUCACCGUUGGCCCAUAUCCUUUUACUUUGACGCGCACUUUCUCUCCUUUUUUUUUCUUUACUUUCACUCUUUUUCG